CUCAAACUUUGUCUUCUCGCAGAAAUCCUGUCACUACGAGACCUCAUGCUCAUUGUGAAUAUGAAAUGGGUCCUGUCAACAAUCAAAAACGUUUAUUUCUACCCGAUGCUAUCUCUAUAUACGUCCAAUUCGUGAUCAUUGGAAGUAUUCUAUACGGAGUGUGCUAUGUCUGGAAGACUUUGAAUUCGGAACGCCGCCUGUCGGGCUUCGCGGUCGCGACACUCGCUGAAGAGGGUCUGGGGCCGAAAGAGAGUUAUCUCAAAGACUCCAAUAAAACCAUUGCUGCAGGACUGAAGUCGAACUCUGGACCAUUCCAAAUUAUUACUGGUACUGGGCCUAAACUCGUCUUACAGAACAGGUUCGCCGAUGAGCUACGAAACCGAUCAGAGCUGGACUUCAAUGAAGCCUUUCGCAAGGACUUUUUCGCUCAUUAUCCCGGCUUCGAUGGCUUUCGCGCGAGCUUGGACAAUCCUACGCUGAUUCCGUCGACUCUUCGAAUCAAGAUGACGCAGAGUUUGGGGCUUGUCACAAAUCAUCUUGUCGAUGAGGCUACAGCCGCUCUUCAUGAGCUUUAUGGCGAGAAUCGAGAAUGGCAUUCCAUUGCGGUGAAACAGCAUAACCUCAACUUCAUUGCACGCCUUUCGUCGCGAGUCUUUCUGGGCAGACCGAUCUGUCGCAACGAGAAAUGGAUAGAAAUUGCAAAGAAUCACACUGGUCGGUCGUCGAUAAUUACAUUUAGCAGUAUCUGGAUACAUUACUGACUGGCCUGCAGUUGACUCGUUCUUGGCCGCUCGUGAUCUUCGUGCGCAACCCUUCUUUUUGCGUCGUAUCAAGCAUUACUUCAUGCCGCACAAUAAGAAUAUCCGUAAGGACUGUUCUCUAAAGUUGUCUCCUCCAUUGUUACUUACAAGAACUCCAGAACGGCAUUAUGCCGAUGCCAAGCAGAUCAUCAAUACCGAGGUAGAGAGGAGGAAGAUUCGAGCCCAAAUAAUUCUGGCUUCGGGUGGCAAGCCGGCAAAGGUAUCAGACGCCAUCGGGUGGAUGGUCGAGAUGGCUGGUGGAAAGGAAGUGGAUUAUGUCGCGGCUCAGCUCUCUCUUACCGUUGCCUCAAUCCAUGCCACGACAGAAGCACUGACAUCAGCCCUAUUGGAUCUUGUGACUUAUCCCGAAAUCAUUCCCUCACUUCGUCAAGAGAUCAUUGAGGCAUUGAGUACAGGAGGGUGGUCCAAGCAAGCGCUGUUCAAGAUGAAGCUAAUGGACAGCUUCUUGAAGGAGUCGCAACGACUGCAUCCGGUGAGAUCUGCUGUUUGGUUGCAAAGGAGCUAUGCUAAAUUAUUGAUGAUAUCUUUUGACAGCCUAGUGAUGGUGAGAAUGAUUUACCACGGGCCUAUAUGGUUGAUUUAUGAUGCUAACACUAUCUCAGUCUCCAUGAAUAGAAAGGUUAUGCGUCGCGUAACUCUUUCCGACGGCACUGUCCUACCGGUAGGUGCUCGUCUCAUGGUCGCGGGAGGAUUCCGAGACCCUAAGAUCUAUGAAAAUCCCGACAAAUUUGACGCCCACCGGUUUUUCAAGCUACGGGAAGAAAACCCCAACGGUGCUUAUCAAUAUGUUUCCACCUCGGGGGAUAUGUUUGGUUUCGGUAUGGCCUGACUAGACUCUACCCUUUUACCUGCAGUGUCAAUCUGGUAAGGUUCUAAUAUUGACAAAUCUCAUAGGACACGGCAACCAUGCAUGUCCGGGACGGUUCCUUGCUAGCAGCGAGCUGAAGAUUGCCCUAGCACACAUGAUUCUGAAAUACGAUUGGAAACUCGACCAAGAAGACACGAUGCCGAAGUUCUUUCAAAAUGAGACGGCCCACAUGACUAACCCAGGCAUGAAACUCAUGAUGAGGAGGAGAACCGAGGAGAUCGACCUUGAUCUGAAGGUGGAUCCAGAUCUGAUUGACGUCAAAGAAUAGAUCAGUUCCGUGCAUGGUACAAUCUCAGGGAUGGGCUAGAUUAUGAUAGAAGUUUGCCCUCAUAACCAUAGAUCACAAAUAUCUUGCCAAAGAUGUGCUGAUUUUAUAUUCUGUAAAGGCUACAUAUAUUUACUAUAGAGAUUGCUU